AGCUGCGCGAGAAGGCGCCCUCAGUUGGUCCCUAUCUGCCCAACUUUCCACAGGCUCUCCGUCGCUCUGCCUCGCCGAGGGGGGGAUACGAGCUGCUCCGCAUUAUUAGGCGUAACGCUCGGGUUCUGAACGGAUUAUUGUCGCGUAGUUUGUUUUUUUGUUUGUUUUAUUCCCGCGAUAUACUUCGCAGACGCACUGUGAGCUGGUCGGUGUGGACAUGGCAGCUCGAUGCACAUCCGGGCCACAGCGCAGCGACUCCAUUAUUCUCGGCUCGCUGUGAGCGAGCGAUCCCGCUAGCGCAGCGCAGAGACGAGGGCGGACAGGCCACACGGGCGUUUCACACGGGAAUUCGGCUACAAAGCUGGAAAGUUAAAGGAGAUGUCUAAUCAAGGGGGUAGGAGAAACGGACCCGUGAAACUGCGUUUAACAGUGCUGUGUGCGAAGAAUCUGGCGAAGAAAGACUUCUUUCGCCUGCCUGACCCCUUUGCUAAGGUGGUAGUGGACGGUUCAGGACAGUGCCACUCCACAGACACAGUCAGAAACACACUCGACCCCAAAUGGAACCAACACUAUGACCUAUACAUUGGGAAGUUGGACUCCAUCACCAUCAGCGUGUGGAACCAUAAGAAGAUCCACAAGAAGCAGGGCGCCGGCUUUCUGGGCUGUGUACGGCUCCUCUCCAACUCCAUCAACCGCCUCAAAGACACUGGCUAUCAGAGAUUGGAUCUCAACAAGUUGGGGCCUAAUGACAGUGACACAGUGAGGGGCCAGAUAGUAGUGAGUCUGCAAUCCAGAGACCGAAUCGGAACUGGUGGGCCAGUGGUAGACUGCAGUCGUCUGUUUGACAACGACCUGCCUGAUGGCUGGGAAGAAAGAAGAACCGCAUCUGGCCGCAUUCAGUACCUUAACCAUAUCACACGCAGCACGCAGUGGGAGAGGCCCACCAGGCCGGCAUCUGAAUACUCUAGUCCAGGUCGGCCGCUCAGCUGUCUGGUGGAUGAAAACACUCCCAUCAUGACUCCUAAUGGUGCGGCAGGAGUGGAGGCAGGUGAUCUGCGGGUUCAGGAGCGUCGGGUUCGUUCACAGAGACACAGAAAUUACAUGAGCCGAACUCAUCUUCACACCCCACCAGACCUGCCCGAGGGCUAUGAGCAGCGUACCACGCAGCAGGGUCAGGUGUACUUCCUGCAUACCCAGACAGGUGUCAGCACUUGGCAUGACCCCAGAGUACCCAGGGAUCUAAGUAAUGUGAAUUGUGAGGAAUUGGGGCCCCUGCCUCCAGGCUGGGAGAUCAGGAACACAGCUACGGGUCGAGUCUACUUCGUGGACCACAACAACCGAACUACACAGUUUACUGAUCCGCGACUCUCUGCCAACCUGCACCUCGUCCUCAAUCCCAGUCCUAAUGGCUCCCGUGGUGCUGGUGAAGCUCCAAACAGUCGUGCAAGUCAGCUGAAAGACCAGGCCCAGUCUGCCCUGUCUCCUGGUAACCUGCCUGAAGAUGCAGAGUGUCUGACCGUGCCCAAGUACAAGAGAGACCUGGUGCAGAAGCUGAAGAUCCUCCGGCAGGAGCUCUCACAGCAGCAGCCACAGGCUGGACACUGCCGCAUCGAAGUCUCCCGCGAAGAGAUCUUUGAGGAGUCGUACCGGCAAGUGAUGAAGAUGAGGCCGAAAGACUUGUGGAAGAGACUGAUGGUGAAGUUCAGAGGAGAGGAAGGACUGGAUUAUGGAGGAGUAGCCAGGGAGUGGUUAUACCUCCUUUCACAUGAGAUGUUGAAUCCAUACUACGGCCUCUUCCAGUACUCACGGGAUGAUAUCUACACUUUGCAGAUCAACCCAGACUCUGCCGUCAACCCGGAACACUUGUCCUACUUCCACUUUGUGGGCCGCAUAAUGGGCAUGGCUGUGUUCCACGGCCAUUACAUAGAUGGCGGCUUUACUCUGCCCUUCUACAAGCAACUACUGGGCAAACCCAUCACCCUGGACGACAUGGAGUCUGUAGACCCUGACCUGCACAACAGUUUAGUGUGGAUCCUUGACAACGACAUCACAGGGGUACUGGACCACACAUUUUGUGUAGAACACAAUGCAUAUGGGGAGAUCAUUCAGCAUGAGCUCAAACCAAAUGGUAAGAGCAUCCCUGUAACCCAGGAGACCAAGAAGGAGUAUGUCAGGCUUUAUGUGAAUUGGCGGUUCCUGAGAGGCAUCGAGGCUCAGUUCCUGGCCCUCCAGAAGGGCUUCAAUGAGGUCAUACCGCAACACUUGCUCAAGGCCUUUGAUGAGAAAGAGCUUGAGCUGAUCGUGUGUGGCCUAGGAAAAAUCGACAUAAACGAUUGGAAGUCCAACACACGAUUGAAGCACUGCACACCAGACAGCAACAUCGUGAAGUGGUUCUGGCGAGCUGUUGAGUCAUUCGAUGAGGAGCGGAGAGCCCGGCUGCUGCAGUUCGUCACCGGCUCCUCCAGAGUGCCGCUGCAGGGCUUUAAAGCUUUACAAGGAGCUGCGGGUCCACGUCUCUUCACCAUCCAUCAGAUUGACGCCAGCACAGAUAACCUCCCCAAGGCCCACACAUGCUUCAACCGCAUUGACAUUCCUCCAUACGAGCACUAUGACAAGCUCUACGACAAACUUCUAACAGCCAUUGAGGAGACUUGUGGCUUUGCUGUGGAGUGAUUAGCCUGCAUUUAGUGGAUGAGCCAUUCUGUGGGAGGAGUUGACCUGUCACUCUACUCCAAGGGGGGUGGCCUAUGGUUCAGCAGCACCGCCCCCGUCAUCAGAAGCAGGGACAGGAUUAGAAAUAGGAUGACGAGAGGGAUGGAAUAUUUCGCAGCACUCUAUGCCUAAUUCAGCUACAUGUUUUUAUUUUCCUGCAUCCCUGCAUAUUUUUUUGUUUUGUUUUCAAGAGAAAAAUGAACUUCUUUUUCAGCUGCUAGUGACUCUUGACUUUUUACCAUUUUUUGGAACAUGUGUAAAUGACUGCUCUUCCUCUUUUGUUUUUUAGCAUUAAGAAAAAAGAUAUAGACAGUAUUUCAUGUAGCGUCUGUACCAACUGACUGAGGAGAAAGGAGGGACACUGGAGGGGUGCCAACAGAGCACACCUGCAUAAGCUAACAGAGUAGCACUACUGCCCUUACUGAAGACAAGUGGAAGAUGCCAGUGGCGACAAAGGACUACACACAAUGGUGUUUGUUUGCCAGGUGGACUUGGAAGCCCUUGUAGCAGGUCCUUGUCUUCUGAAGUAGAACAGGGUGUGAUACUCUUAAUAUCUUGUUGCAUGGUGCACAUUUGGGGCCUGACAUGCUAUUGCAAACUACAAAGGAGCUCUAAUGAGGGCUCUCAUUUAGGGCCCUUCUGUAAGUGCCCUGCUGGCCACUAUUAAGCCGAUAAACACCAGAAUCCAUUACAACUACCUGUGCUCCAUUCCAUAAAACCAGUCUCAUCAGCAGUCUGAUGUAUAAGCUUCUUUGAAAUGAAUGAAUGAUCAUUUGAUGGAUUGAUUAAUGAGGUAGUCUAGUGUUAUUUUUAUAGGACAUGGAGGAAACAUGAAGAAAUGAACAACCAAAUUAUAUAGAAUUAUAAUUUAUUACCCUUAUUUACCCACUAUAAACUCGUGUUAUCCACAGCAAAAAAAAUUGAAGUGGAACGUGUACACUGCUUUGCCAUGGAUGACUAACAAUUCAAAGAAAGGUGAUAUGAAUGUUUUAGGGAGCCCAUCUCCUUUAGUGCCAUUCAUUUUUUUAAAACUUAUGAUUUGACAUCAGAGCUGAACAUCUUAACGGCUAAAUGUAUGUCUGUGCAUUUAUGAUGCAUUUCAUUUUGUACCCUUCAUUCAUGGAAUGUCUGUUUCUUAUUGACCCCAGCAAGAAUGAUAAGGCUCCAUUAAGGUGUAGUUCCAGUAUUGAGUAUUAACACUAAUAUUGCCUGCUAUGACCCACAGGAAACAAAAGGCAUAAUUAAUUUAACUUUUUUUUCUGUGUCUGAUACUCUUAAGAGUAAGUGACCCUUACAACUGGGAAAUUUCACCUCCGCAGUCUAACCCAUCCAUGCAGUGAAACACCAAGUUGAGUUAAAGUUUAUUUAUAUUGCUCUUUUUACAGCAGGUGUUGUCACAAAGCAGCUUUGCAGAAAAAUUCAGGUCUGAGCCUCCAUGAGCAUCGCCAGUGGUAACAGUGGCAAGGAAAACUCAAAAGGGGAACUCAUCCUUCUCUGGUCGACACCGGAUAGCAAACAGCAUUAAACACUAGGGGGCAGAGACCACACUUGCCCUGGGCGGUGGGCAGCCCUAUCCACAGUGCCCAGGGAGCAGUUGGGGGUGAGGUGCCUUCCUGAAGGGCAUCUCAGUCACGUACUGUUGGCUCACGAACCCCCCCCAUAUCAGUGAGCAUUUAAUUUACGCUACAGGGUGACAAGUAGUGAAGUAAUCAAAGUUUAAAGCUUCAAACAGAAACAAAAAUAGAUGACGCUGACAAUUAGAACAUGGCUGCAGCAGAUUUGAGCCGUUUUGUCCUUCUGCUUCAAGGGGUCUGUAGCUGCAGUACCUUAUUAUGAAUGACUGUGGACAAAAGUGUCUUAAAUGACUAAAUCUCGAACGUAAAUGUCAUCAGUUAUACCCAAACGCCUUGAAAGCUUGUCCUCCUUACCUUUUGUAUUACUUUAAAUGUGUAGACUCAGACAUAGUGCAACACCUUUUUUUAUACUUUCCAGUUUCAUUCUAAGACUCACAAGCAACAUAUUUGAUUCUUAAUCAAUGGCUUGAAUUUUUAGCUGUCUUCUCCAGUAAAAAAGUCUCCAUCAUAUUUAUUUUAUUUUAUAAGCUCAUAUUAGAUGGUUGAAUGUUUGAGAUGAUACUUGUCUAUAGCAAUCCUCUAUGACCAUGGACUGUUGUUAAAAUUUGCAUAUGCUGAAAAUGAAUUACACUUCUCGUAUUACUUUUUAUUUUAUUUUAUAAACUGUGUGUGGAAAAAAAAGUGGAAAAAAUAAUCUCUGGAUAAAGUGAUUAUCCUGAAGUUAUCCUGAAAAGGUGCUUUGUACAGUAAUAGAAUAUUGUCCUUAUACAGUUGGCCAUGUGGAUCACAGAAAUCUGUCAUAUAUCUUUAAGUUAAAUAGAAAGAUAUAUAAGAAGACAUUGGGGGAAAAUACAUUUUUGCACACAUGCAGACUGUAAUUGUUGUAAAUAAUAGGCAAAAAAAUUCUAUUUACCGAACUCUUUAUGAACGGAACGAAUUUUUUUUUUAAUGUAUUUCAUUUACUCUCAAGUCCAGUGCACACAUACAGACUCUCGUCAUUGCUUUUCCUUCUCUUUACUCAGCAUCACUCUUUUGUUGUACAGCUGCCUCCAGGACGUUGGACUGGAUGUUGUUUUGGCAUGUUAAAAUUCGAGAGGCGCCUCUGGUUUAUUUUAGCAUGACUUACUAGCAGGACUAUAUCUCAUAGUUGACCGGUGCAAUUUGUUUAAUGUAACACACUAUCAUUUUUUUGUAAGAGUAUUUUAUUUUUGUGUGUAAUUAGUUCUGAUUAAACUGGCCAUUGGCACCAACGGCUGCUUUUA